UGGAAAUCAGACUGCACGUUUUGGCUGAAAUUUCGGCGCUACGGGUCUGUGCAUCAGAACAGCGGUUAUAGUCGGUGUUAUUUCCACGGUCGGUGUCAUUCUGGAAAGACAGAAACUUUACUUCCCUGAGUUUGUUGGUCGCUGAGCUCAAAGCGCCUCCAGCCGCUGUGGUAAAUAAAGACAAAGCACAGCUUGUCACUCAUUCAGCACAUGGAAAUGAAACGCAACGCGCGUUUCGUUUAUAACUUCACCACCUUGCAAAAGUAUUCAUGCAGCAGGUGCUUUUCCCCGUUUUGUCACGUCACAACCACACGCCAGUGGAUUUUAUGUGAUCAACACAACGUGGUGCCUAUUUCUGAAGUAGAGCAAAAAGUUCACAUGGUUUUUAAAAUGUUCUUUUACUCAUCAAAAUCUGAAACGUGCGUUGUAUGAGUCAGUACUUUGUAGAUCCACGUCUUUCAGGCUGUCAGACAGAGUCAUCAACCGGAUGAAGAAUUCGUCACAGGCCAGCUGUCCUCGCAUCCCACCUGAACCACAAACCCAGGAGCCCUUGUCACUUCUCCUGACUCCUCCCUCACCACCAUUUUUGCCUACUCCUGCUCACACUCCGGCUGUACCCAAGUCUCCAUCAGUGGAAGCUGCUCCUCUUGUGAAACUAAUUCCCCCUCCUCCAGUGAAGUUCCACUCACUUCCUCCACCUUUACUGGAUUCUACAGAGCCCCCUCCAUCUCUGGAGUCAAAAGCUCCAUCUGCCACUUCUUCAAGGGCUGAAAACUCUGAAGUGCCUGAAUCUUUUACUCCACCCUCUGCUGUAGAACCAAUUGUCCUACCACCACAUAAUUACUUUAUGCCACCUCAUAAAGAUCCAGAAACACAGACCUGUUCUCCGAUAGAGGAACAAGCCGUUCCUUUUCCAAAUGGGGGGUCGCCUCCUCCAUCGGAGCUUUCAUCUCUUUCCUCUGAAUGUCUGAAACCAGCACUUACUGAAUCAGCUGCUGUUGCACCUCUUGUGUCUGCUGCCACAUCACCUUCACAAACCGAAACAGUUCAGGUUUCUACAAGUGUUAAGUCUCCACCAGUUAAGCCAGUAAUCUCACCCUCACCUCUUGAUUCUCCUUCAACCAAAGUUGGAGCUUCUCCCUCAGACAAAGAGGCGGCUCCCGUUGUUGAAGUACAUUCAUCUUCGCAUUUAUCUCCUCCAGAGUUCUCUUCAGAUGAAGUUUCACUGUCAUGUCAGUGUGAAGAGCUCGCUGUAGUUCAUGUACCUGGAAAUGUGCCCCCUCCAGGGCUGGAAGUACCACCACCAGAGGAGCCAGCUGCCAUCGAUGGAGAGCCCCCAGUUACCACAUUUCUGCCUGCUGUUGAAGAUGAAGAACCUGCCACUGUACCACCACCUGCAGCAGUGUUGGAAGAGGAACUGAGAGAGAAGAUCAGAGCAGAGAUGGAGAGAAAUCUGCAGGAGGAGAUCAACCAGAAGAGACAGGAGCUCCAGCAACAGCUAGAGGAGAUGCAAGCUCUGACCCGAGCGGAGGCGACGGUGGCAGCCCAGGCUCAGGUGGCGGAGCAGGUGAAAAAGACUCUGGAGGCCGAGAGAACGUCGCUCAUGGAGAAGCUGACAGAGUCCAUCACGAAAGAGAAGAUGGGGACAGAAGAUGAGAAGCUCAAGGUGCAGCUUUACUGGAUGGAGCUGAAGGCUCACCAGCUCAAGGAGAGAGAGAAAGAGAUGAAGAAGCGGGAUGAGCUCUACAAGGAGCAGGUUUCCAAACUUGAAGCAAAGUUUGCAGAGUUUUGCAAAGUUUCCACUGAAAACUUCCAGAAAGGCAAAGAAGAGACUCACAAGCGUUUUGUACGUUUUAACAUCCAGCCUCUGUGCGGAGACCUUCAGGGUCAAAUACUGAAAUGCUACAAGGAAAACGCAGGGAGAACUCUGACCUGCUCGGGUAUUGCAUCGGCCUACAUGCAAUGUGUGGACAACGCCAAGAAAGAUAAACUGAUCACUGGGGGUUAAAAGGAGGCAAAGACAUUUGCGGCUGCAACAACAUAAAAAUAAACUAAAAUCAAGACACCGAGAAGUGAAAACGGUCCAAUUCAGCUGCUUUAAAUACCUGAAGAGUUUUCCACAGAUCUUUCUGUGAUGUAGAAAUCAAGUGGUUUUGUCAUCUCACGUACACAAACCAGUUUGGCUUUAAAUGAAUAACACUCGGUAUCGGUUACUGUAAAACCCUCUGUGCCACUACAGAAGCAAACAGGAUUUUUAAAGGCAAACGAAAUGAAGAUGCACUUCACUAUUUAGUUUGAUCAUUUGUAUGUAUGAGUGCCUUGAAUUCAGGAAAGUGGAUAUAUGAAAAGCUAUGCAAGGAGAUGAGUUAAUGCUGUGCAAAAACAACAACCAAAUCCAUCAGUGAAGUUUGGAAAUAAUGGAGUUCAAUGUCUAAGGAAAAUCCGAAUAAAUAAAGCUCUACCUAAAGAACUGA